AUGAGCAACUUAAAAAUUAGAGACUAUGACACCAUCACAUCUUUCCUUGGAUCUUGGGGACGUUUUCAGCUAGGGAUUUUUUUUGCGCUGGCCGUCAGCAUCCUCCCGAAUGGUUUUAUCGGCAUCUACAUAGUAUUCGUAGCUGAUACCCCACCUCAUGAGUGCUAUAUCCCUGAAAACUAUAGCAUCAGUGAGAUGUGGAGAAAUGUCACGAUCCCAUUGGAAACGGUUGAUGGCAAUGUAAAGCGCAGCUCUUGCUCAAGGCUUAAUCUGGACACUGUCAGGAACUACUCUGAGCGUGAACUCAUCCCAAAUGUGGAUGUGAAUGUGAGUGAAAUUCCUUUGGAAAGUUGUCUGGAUGGGUGGACAUACAGCAAAAAAAUCUACCAGUCAACCAUUGUCACAGAGUGGGACUUGGUGUGUGAGAAUGGAUACAAAACACCACUGACCACCUCUAUCCAUUACAUUGGUGUGCUAGUAGGAGCAUUUGUCUCAGGCCAGAUGUCUGACAGGUAUGGGAGGAAGCCAGCACUCUUUGUAAUGAUGUUUCUUCAAACUCUGGCGAUCACGGCACAGAUAUUCUCCCCGAGCUGGGAAGUCUUCACCUUAAUUUUCUUCUUCGUGGGAGCUGGGGGAUUCUCCAACUAUAUUGUUGCAUUUGUACUGGGUACAGAAAUUCUGAGCCCAAAAGCCAGAGUGGUCUUCUGCUCCCUUGGGGUAUUUAUGAGCUCAGCUGUGGGGUACAUGGCAAUGCCCGCAGUGGCUUACUUCCUCCGUGAAUGGCGGCUGCUGCUGAUUCCCAUGGCUGCCUCUGGCUUGAUCUACAUCCCUCUGUGGUGGUUAGUCCCAGAGUCUCCUCGAUGGCUUGUCUCUCAGGGGCGUGUGAAGGAGGCUGAGGCCAUACUGAGAUACGCUGCCAAGGAAAAUAACAUAGAGGCUCCACAGACCAUUUUUACACAAGCUGAGGUUGAAGAUGCAUCGGCUCUAAAAGAAAAGAAGUACAACAUUUUGGUCAUCUUCAGCAGCUGCAAUAUGUUCUCUCAAGUAUUACUCUCUUCACUUCUGUGGGUCAUCAUCACCAUCGGAUACUAUGCUUUAAUCCUCAACACAUCAAACCUGCAUGGGAACCCUUACCUGAACUGCUUCUUGUCUGCUGUGACUGAGGUGCCAGCUUACAUAAUCGCCUUGUUACUGCUCCAACACUGCGCCAGGCGCUUCUGCCAGUCGUCUUCGCUCUUCCUCGGAGGCAUUAUGAUCCUCUGUGUUCACCUCAUUCCAAUAGAUUUACCAGGUGUGGCUGUGUUUCUUGAGAUGCUGGGCAAGUUUGGCAUCACAUCUGCAUUCUGUGUGGUGUACGCCUACACAUCAGAGCUCUUCCCCACUGUCAUUAGAAAUACAGCAAUGGGGUGUUGCUCCAUGGCUGCUCGUGUUGGAACCAUCAUCUCGCCCUUUAUCAUUUACCUGGGACAAUACUUCAAGGCACUGCCAUACAUAUUGAUGGGAGGUUUAGCCAUUAGUGGUGCCAUCUUGUGUCUCCUGCUGCCGGAGACUUUUGGGAAGGCUUUGCCGGAGACCAUUUCACAAAUGCAGCAGAUUUUCGGGUCAAGAGGAAAAAAAGAAAAGGAAGCUGAAAAUGGAGAGAGCACAUCUGAAUACCAGUGUAAAGAAUCCAGGUUAUAA